AGUCCAAGCACCCACCAAAUUAGCACAUUCCUACCUAAACAAACGCCUUCCCGCCACCAAUCAAUAACCGAACCUUGUCCGUUUCUUCCUCCCCUUCCAACCAUCCCAAGUAACUCUCCUUUUCCCUCAUUCAAAACUAGAGAGAGAAAUCUCCUUCCAAACCAGAGCUCCUCUGCUCUCCCCUCUCCUCCUUCCUCCCCUCAACCAUGGCCUAGACUUCUCCUCCCAUCCCUUCUCUAUCCCCAAACUCCCCUCUCCUUUUGGCGUACAGGAGAACAUCAUCUCUGAAACCUUUUGUGUUUUCCUGUACGCCAUGAAAUCCUCCACCUUCUUCUUCUCAUUCUUCUUUACCUUUCUUUUCUUCUCCUUCAUUAAUGGUUUCAAGCCUUCUGAUUCCAUUCUUCUAAGCUGUGGCUCACCAAACAAUGCUGCAGAUGCCGACGGCAGAGCAUGGUCCGGUGAGUCGUCUUUAACCGACAAAAUUCUCACCUCUGCUAACUCAACCUCCGCCACCGCACUCUUCCAAGAUCCUUCACUUCCAUCACCAGUACCUUAUAUGACUGGAAGAGUAUUCAGCGCAAAUGCCACCUACAAUUUUCCCGUGUCGAAAACCGGUCGGCAUUGGAUUCGUCUUUACUUUUAUCCUGCAUCUUACAAUAAUCUCAACCCCGAUGAUGCGUUCUUCUCCGUCACCACACCUGAUGGUCUUACCUUCUUGAAGAAUUUUAGCACGGCGUUGACGGCAAAGGCGCUUACACAAGCCUACAUUAUUAAGGAAUUCUCUGUUGCAUCAUCAGCAGAUGGCAUCUUGAGUCUUGUCUUCUCACCGGAUACUAAUCACCGUAACUCAUAUGCUUUCAUUAAUGGAAUUGAGAUAAUCUCAAUGCCUGAUGUGUUCAGUGAACCAGUGAAUAUGGUUGGUUAUUCUGACCAAACCAUUGAAGUUGGUGUCUCUGCAAUGCAAACUAUGUACCGGUUGAACGUUGGUGGGCAGUAUAUUCCGGCGACCAAUGACUCUGAGCUCAGCCGUAUAUGGUACGAUGAUUCACCGUAUUUAUAUGGUGCCGCUCUUGGUGUGACAACUUCGGCUGAUAAGGGGCUGAAUAUAGAAUAUCCAUCAAGCUUGCCGGAGUAUAUUGCUCCGGUGAGCGUUUACCAGACAGCAAGGUCCAUGGGACCAGACCCAGAGAUCAACAAAAACUUCAAUCUCACUUGGGUUUUUCAAGUAGACGGGAACUUCACUUAUGUUGUGAGACUCCAUUUCUGUGAGAUAGUAAUGCAGAAAGUGAACCAGAGAGUUUUCGACAUAUAUUUGAAUAACCAGACAGCGGAGACAGCGGCAGAUGUUAUUGCUUGGACUUCAGCGGAAGGUGUGCCGAUAUAUAAAGACUAUGCAGUGUUUGUCAGUGAUACUGAUGGAGAUGAUGAGAUGUGGGUGGCGCUGCACCCGAAUGUGGCGGCGAGGCCGGAGUACAUGAACUCAAUACUAAAUGGAUUGGAGGUGUUCAAGAUGAGUACUAAUGAUGGAAAUUUAGCAGGACCGAAUCCGGAGCCGUCCUCAAUGAUGAUGGAGGAUGAGUUAGAUUCUCCAGCUAGCUUUGCAGGUAAAUCCAGCAAGAAGGCCACUGUUAUUGGUGGCGCAGCUGGUGGUGCUGCUGCUGCCGGGUUGUUCUUUGCAGUUUGUAUUGUUGUGUAUCGAAGAAAAAGGAAGGUCGAAAGAGCUGGAUCUGAUGGAGCCUCCGGUUGGCUACCACUUUAUGGCAAUUCUCAUACAUCUGCAAGUAAGUCUACCAUCUCCGGCAGAAGCAAUGCCAGUAGCCACCUAUCUAGUCUUGCUGCAGCCGGCCUCUGCCGGCAUUUCUCAUUGCCGGAGAUCAAGCACGGCACGAGGAACUUCGAUGAAUCCCUUGUCAUCGGGGUUGGAGGCUUUGGUAAAGUUUACAAAGGAGUUGUCGAUGGCUCAACAAAGGUGGCCAUCAAAAGAUCCAACCCUCAAUCUGAGCAAGGUGUGCAUGAGUUUCAGACAGAGAUUGAAAUGCUAUCAAAGCUAAGGCACAAGCAUUUGGUGUCCUUGAUUGGAUACUGUGAAGAAGAUGAUGAGAUGAUCUUGGUUUAUGACUACAUGGCUUAUGGAACACUGAGGGAACACUUGUAUAAAACUAAUAAGCCUCCAUUGUCUUGGAAGCAGAGGUUGGAGAUUUGCAUUGGAGCUGCAAGAGGUCUGCAUUACCUGCACACAGGAGCAAAAUACACCAUAAUUCACAGAGAUGUCAAGACGACGAACAUUCUCUUAGAUGAGAACUUUGUAGCGAAAGUGUCGGAUUUUGGCUUAUCAAAAACGGGACCAAUGAUGAACCAGACACAUGUGAGCACGGUUGUGAAGGGGAGUUUUGGGUAUUUGGAUCCUGAGUACUUCAGAAGACAGCAACUCACAGACAAGUCUGAUGUUUACUCUUUUGGUGUGGUUCUUUUCGAAGUUUUAUGUGCUCGGCCAGCGCUUAAUCCAAGCUUAUCCAAGGAACAAGUGAGUCUUGCAGAUUGGGCAAUGUCGAACCAAAGGAAAGGUACUCUAGGUGACAUAAUUGAUCCAGCACUGAAAGGAAAGAUAAACCCAGAGUGUUUGAAGAAGUAUGCAGAGACUGCAGAGAAGUGUUUGUCUGAUUCUAGUGUCGAGAGGCCAACAAUGGGGGAUGUGUUGUGGAAUCUAGAGUUUGCAUUGCAGUUACAAGAGGCAGCUGACAGCGGGAAGCCAGUGGACAUGGAUAUCUCUGAGAACCCUGCUGGUUCAGGCCAUGGCCGGAAAGGAAGUCACACUCUCAAUGGAAGCAUUGGAGCAGGGAGUGAGGUGAGUGGUGAAUCAGAUGAGAGCUCCAAUGAAGUAUUUUCUCAGCUCGUUAAUCCUAGAGGACGGUAACAACCAGUCUUGUUUUGUUCUUGGGGAUCUCUAUCAAUAAAGCCAUCUCUUAUUUGAU